UAUAAAUUUUAAUCUUAUAUUACAUAAAAAAAUUUAUAAAAUAUCAUAUAAUUAAUAUUAUCAAAUAACUUUGAUAUACAUGUAAAACAUGUGUUAAUAGAAUGCUAUGCGAAACUUAACCUUAUAGUUCUUAUCUCGAGCUAAAAGAAUUUUGUUCUUGAAGAGAGCGCAGGGCUCAAGCUGUAACCAGAGAGAGGAAACGGUAUUGAUAGUAAUCAAGACUACUGGUGUGUGAAAAUGGGACCUGAUAAUCGACUUGAACAAGCGGAAUAUAUGCCAAAAGUUGAUGUCGUAAAAGAUGCGGGGAGACUCAAGUCCACAGACGUGGUUUACAUGAAACGCCUGGAGGAGCAUAACUUGGAGAGAGCAAAGAGAGUACAGAUUUAUCGUAAACGUAAUAGGAUUAGCGGGAUCGUUUUAGGCCUUACAGCUCUUAGCAUUUAUGUUUACACGAUGUAUGCAGUCAAGCAGGAAAAGUUCCUCGAUGAUUUUGAAGUGCCGCAGAAAACGAUUGAGAAGACUGCAUGAGAGAAUUUCCGAUGGAAGUUUAAAUAAAGAAGAUUAUAGUUUGUUGUAU